GUGCUCCACUCUGCGUGUCAGUGCGUGUGUGUGCGUGUGAAAAUGGCACUUUCUUCAACGCUUUCCCGCCUAAACCUCAUUCCCAGACCAUGGCUUCCCUACACAGUAACCACUCUCAGAGCUCUAAAACUAAAACCCCAUAAACCACAACUCCUCCGACCCAUGUGGGCACCUCUCACUCUCUCUUCCUUCUCAGUCUCAGCCCAAAUUCAUAGACCCCAAGAUGAUAAUUUAGUCGUUCUGGGCAUCGAAACCAGCUGCGACGACACUGCUGCCGCCGUUGUGAGGAGCAGUGGUGAGAUUCUCAGCCAAGUUGUGUCUUCUCAGGCAGACCUGCUUGUUCGAUAUGGAGGUGUCGCUCCUAAAAUGGCAGAAGAAGCACACUCGCAAGUGAUUGAUCAGGUUGUGCAAGAGGCACUUAAUCAAGCUAAUUUAAGUGAGACAGAUCUAUCAGCAGUAGCUGUUACUAUUGGUCCCGGUUUAAGCCUUUGUCUUCGCGUUGGAGUGCAGAAAGCGAGGAAAACUGCUGGUAGCUUUAAUCUACCAAUAAUUGGAGUACAUCACAUGGAGGCUCAUGCUCUAGUGGCCAGGUUAGUGGAAAGAGAGCUGCAAUUUCCUUUCAUGGCCUUGCUUAUUUCAGGAGGACACAAUCUACUUAUUCUUGCUCAAGGCCUUGGCCAAUACACACAACUUGGGACCUCAAUAGAUGAUGCAAUUGGUGAGGCAUAUGACAAGACAGCAAAGUGGCUUGGUCUUGAUAUGAGGAGGAGUGGUGGGCCAGCUAUAGAGGAGCUUGCUCGAGAGGGUGAUGCAGAAUCAAUCAAGUUCUCUAUUCCAAUGAAACAACAUAAAGAUUGCAACUUCUCAUAUUCUGGUCUGAAGACUCAAGUGAGGAUGGCAAUUGAAUCCAGAAAUAUUAAUGCUGAAAUUCCCAUUUCUUGUGCAAGUAGCCAAGAUAGACGUUCUCGAGCUGAUAUUGCUGCUUCUUUUCAGCGAGUUGCAGUAUUACAUCUAGAGGAAAAGUGUCAACGAGCAAUUGAAUGGGCAUUGAAGAUUGAACCUUCUAUAAAACAUUUGGUAGUCUCUGGAGGUGUUGCAUCAAAUCAGUACGUUAGGGCUCGCCUUGAUCAGGUUGUGAAGAAAAACAGUUUGCAACUUGUGUGCCCUCCCCCCAGUCUUUGCACGGACAAUGGUGUAAUGGUGGCUUGGACUGGCAUUGAACACUUUCGCAUGGGCAGAUUUGAUCCUCCACCACCUGCAGUUGAAUCUGAAGAUUUUGUGUAUGAUUUGCGGCCAAGGUGGCCUUUGGGGGAGGAAUAUGCUGAAGGAAGAAGUGAAGCUCGCUCCUUGAGGAAGGCCCGGAUCCAUCCAUCUCUUACAUCUAUCAUUCAAGCAUCACUGCAACAGCAACAUUAGUGUGCAUCUCCAUUCUGUUUACUCCGUUUAUACAGCUCGAUGAGUGGAACCAUGUCCUUGGAUUCAUGAUAUUUACAUGGUCCUAAUGGCUGCGCUUACGUCGCUGAACCUUACGUCGCUGAACUGAGUUUAUGAUGGUGAAUAGAGAUGUUUUGCAACUUGCAAGCAUGGCAUCAAUUUGGAAAUUGACAAUCAGUAUCAAGCAUUGUUUUGAUGACAUUGAGGAGGCAGUUGAUUAAGAAAGGCAAUUGCAGCAUUUGAACUUGAAAUUUAUAGGAGAGCUUGUAAAAUUUGCUACAUCUGUUCACUAUUGUUGUAUUAAACUGUACAUAUCAUUUGUAUAGAUGGUUCCAACCACAAUAAUUUAUACAAUAUAUUCCUCA